AUGCCAGAUUUUGUUCUUUUUGGCGAUUCCCUUACACAAUGGAGCUUUAGCGAGGAAACGCAAGGCUUCGGGUUGUUCCUCAGGCAACAGUACCAGCACAAGGUACAAAUCGUCAACGAAGUGAUCAGGAGCGCUGCAAACAUGGCUACUUUACAAUUGUUACCUAAUAUUGUUUUGUUUGGCGCGUCCAUGACCGAAUGGAGUUUUAAAGAGAACACGCAGGGCUUUGGAUGGUUCUUAGAGAAGAAGUAUGCUGGAAAGGCGAGGGUUGUGAAUGAAGGCUACACCUCAACCCGUCUGAAAGAAGACUUUGCCCGCAUAAUCAGCCAUGCAACAGCCCCAGAGGCGGCACCGACCCUCCUCUUCACCAUCUUCCUCGGUGCAAACGACGCCUGCUUCAUUGGUGAUAAGGAGUAUGUUCCCUGGCCCACAUUUUCAGCAAAUAUACGGGAGUUCCUCGACACCAUCCUCACGGAGCAGGCUAUGGAGAACACAAAGAUCGUCCUGAUCACUCCUCCACCCAUCAACGGGUCCGUGGUAGAAACGGGAGAAAGCAGAUCCGCCAGGGAAAUACAGGAGAUCAAUCAUUCGCGAAAAGAAGGGCCGAGGUACAAGACUUAUAUGAGUAAGAAGAGGUAUGCGGAUGGUCUCAUGCGGAUUGCGAAAGAGUAUGAAGAGACGGGCAGAGUUGUUGGGCUUAACUACUGGCAGCACAUGGUGGACGCAGUUGUUGCAGAAGAAGGGUGGCAUCACGAUGAGGAUGUGCCGCCGGGAUGCGGUCUACUGGGCGCAAAGUCAUUCCCAGUAGGCUGGUUUACAGACGGGCUGCACCUUAAUGUUAAAGGAUACGGAGUGCUGAACAAGGAAUUGUACGAGUUGGUGACGGCAAAAUGGCCAGAGUUAGCAGCCGAGAAGCUGUAA